GUUUAAUUUUGGGAUGAUGAUACAUUCGAUCAAGAUUUUGCUUGGUCCACUUUGUGAAGGAUGGAAUCCGCAAAAAGACCCAGUAUGAGAAGAUUCUUUUUUUAUGGGUAAGCUGAUUUUAGGAACGAAAAUGCUGCACGGUAGACUAGCUGUCAGGGUGUUGUUUUCUUUAUUUUUUUCCUUUUUUGAAAGAUGUAAGGCGCGAAAAUGCCCUAUGUUCUAUUCAUCCUGUGUUCAACUUAGAAAAGAAAAAUACCUUCAUCGAGUGGGCUCCGUUACAAAGAGUAAUUUUUCUUUCUACUCGGCAGGCUAUCUAUUUUUGAAGUAAGGAAAUAUGGCAUACGUCUAUUUCCUGUAAACAAAGAGAAGAUGAAGUGUUCUGCUUUUCUAGUCGUAACAUACAGUGACGAAAAAAUUUAAAUACUGUCGAAGCAACACAAUGUAAUAAAUGCUGCGAGAAUGAAAAAGUGCGACGUCGUAAAACGUACCAGCCGGAUUAGAUUUUGCUGAUAAUAUUGCUUUGUUUUUCUCAAUCAAAGGGAGCACUUACUGGGGCUUGAAGAUCUUUUAGUUGGAGGAAAUGCAAAUCUGGAUUUACUCGGUAAGCGGAGAAACUAUCGGUCAUGUUUUCAAUAUUACCAAUCGAUGUUCCACCUGUGUAUGUGAAUAGCAGAAUUUUUUUUGUCAAGAGCAGCAAUCUGAAUUGCCGUAAACCACAGCCGAAUUGUAGUCAGGGAAAAUUGUUCCGUUGAAAAGUAACGACGAUUUUCCAAGCGAUAAUGAAAACAAAAGUUUGAAUGUCAUAAAAAAAAAGCACUUUCGUGUUCGAUGAAAUUAAGAAUACACAUAAAAAUUUAAGGCGCUUCCUCCUUAACCAGCAAUUUCAAUUUCACACCACUCUUAUCUUCCCUCUACGAUCAUUUCAUUACAACCUUAAGAUUCACAAUCUUUGUGGGAUGUAUCUUUUAUCAAACAAUUUCAGUUCAGAUCUGAAUGGAGAACUUCGCCUACAGCAUAUACCAUCUCUUUCAACACUGCUCUUUUUCCCCGAAAUUGCACUUUUAAUUAUUCAAAACGUUCCACAGACUGCUAAUUGCGGGAUCGCUGUCCAUAUCGCUGCAGAUGGCGAGAAUUUUUUGUAACAAAAUAAUAACAAAAUGAUGUCUUCGGAAUAAUAUCCGCGAAAUCUAAUUUAUUAAACACCUACAAGUCUUAAACCCAAUUCGCAUUUUACUUUUUUAAAAUAGUCUUGAAAAAAAAACACGUUUAUUAAAAUGCAGUUCUAAAUUGCGAAUUGCGUGGUCUAAUAUUUUUAUUCUCGUAGGUUUUUAUAACCGUAUGGUAUGGAUGCUUGAAUGUUGUGUACUGCCUCGCAAUACAGCCGCCCUCUUCUUCCGGGACAACCGCUUUCACGCAGAGGACGGUCGUAUCAGUUACACCAACAACAUCAGGUAAAAUGUCAUUGAAAUUUACAGUUACAGAAAAUAUUAUUCUGUCCGCAACGAUGAAAAGUUGAGACGGUUGCAUCUUCAUGCAUUAUUUAUCACUUGCUUUUAUAUGGUUUUUGUUAAAGUAGUUAAUCUUGAGACAUCACUUUGACACCAAGAGUCAAGUAUAUCGAUUUACAUACUGUUUUUCGUCGGUGGCUCUCAUCUGUUUGACCUGGGGGGAGUAAAUAUGUUUUAAUGCCUUUCGAUGUUAAUAAGCGGCCAAAACAGGGAGCUUGUCCGAUUUAAUUGAAAUAGUGAUCGUAAAAACUUACCGGCUUAUUCUUUAGAUGUUUUUCUUAUUUGGAUACAUAAUGUGUAACAGUAUAUAAAUAGUUCUUCUGAGUUCGCCGAUUGGCUGGCUCGGAGAUUAUUAGCAAAGUACCACUCAGCUCGGAGAACAAACAGAAGUAUAAUAUGGCUCUUGUAUUUCAUAGGUGUUAGACGGAAAAUGUGUUCGUCAACAGAGCUCACAAAAGAUACAAAAAUGAGAACAAAGUUUGGUUUGAUUGCGUAGCAUAGAAAUUUUGAUGUAAAAAAAAAAAACAAACAAAGAUCGUUAAAGAGCAGAUGGAGAGCGCUAUCGAAGUGGGAGACGUAACUUAAAAUGUGUUAAAUUAGUUGCACUAAUUGAUGAAGCAACAGAAACCUUCAAAAGUCUUACCUUUCAGCAGCGAAGAGAAACGAGAGCUUUUCAAACAAUGAGACUCUGUUGAGCACAAAUAAGUAUUGCACGAGGAAAAAUUCAUCAGUCUAAUUUCCGACCAUCUAUCAGUAAAAUGACAGAAAUUAAGAAUUCGUUUGGUGCGCUAGCUAUUGAAAUUAUCUGAUGUAUACCAAAACAAUAUUUACCUCAGUGUCUAUUAAAAUAUCACCUCCUCGCCGGUAAAUAAUGUUAUAUUUAAAUAUGAAUAUGGUAAAGAGACAUAAAAUGUUUUCAAGAAGCGAAUGUUUGAUAUGAACUACAUUAGGGUUAUUAUCAUAAGUAACUUUAAUGGGCCUCUAUCAAAUUUUUCGAAAAAUACGGAUUUAGAUGGUGACAUUUAAAAACCGAUUUCCUUGAACGUUGGAUAAGAUUGUUGAACCUAGUGAAAAAUCUAUGAUGCUGUAAGCAACAAGCAAUUUUCUUAAAGAUCUUAAAAGACAUGGUUAUCAGGGUAAAAGGUCUCUUCUAGGUCUGCACCUAGCAAAUUUUAAAUUGACUUUUUUUUAAUAUGAAAACGCAAUAACGGAUACAUUUUCAUCUGACGCCUUUCCAUGGUGGAGGAAACUUUGGUCUGCAUCCUGGUGCAUUCGAGAGAUCAGGUUUACGGAAAAGGUGUUAGCUCAUGCUGAAGGGCGCUAGACUGCCGUGUGGGAGGUGGAGGGCUUGAGCCCUACACCGGACUAACACUCAGGAUCUUUAAAUAGUUGAGGAGAAUGUACUGCCUUUGCAAUGAAAUCUUCAAAUGGUUAGACGUAUAGUAUUUUUCGGAUAUGGACAAUGAACUUUGCGCCUGGAACCUUAAGGACGGAACUUUGAAAAAGCCACGCAAUCAGUUUUGGCUGUUCCUACUUUCGUUAUGUGGCCUUAUUUCCAGAAAAUUAUUAACCUUGCUGCACCUGCAGAAUGUAUUUUCAAAACCAUUGUAAACUACUAAAUUCAGUUUGGCUAAAGUCCCUCGCAAGGUGUUGUUAGGCGCAUUGGAGAAUAUUUAUGUGAAGAUUGUGCUAGAUAAAUGCAUCAUCGUGGAUCGUUAUGAUCACUAUCCUAGUGGAUUCGAAAAGCUCCGUUUUUGAUGAAGGUGGUGUUCAGGUGGUGUGGACAGUACGGUUGAAACUUAGCCCGAAUCAAGGAGAUAACUACAAUGUAUUAGUAUUCGUGUAGAGGGUAGCUCUCAAGAUCUAACUGUUAAUUCUUCCCUUUAGCUGCUACGCAUUUCCCAGCAAAUUGUCACCUUUUUUAAUGUUGUCCUCCGAUUUAAAUUGUAUUUUGUUUCAAAUUUCAGUGGACACUUCGAUAGUUACCGCAAGGGCAGCGCCAACUCCUGUGAGAUCGAGUGUUUCAGCCUCAGCUUCACUUCAAACAGAAGUAACUAUCAACAAGGCAUACAACCUUUCCGCUACCGAACCUCGUCCUGAAACAGAGAUUACGCAGGCCGAGCCUCAUACUGAAGGAGAGGCGCGGGCAGAAGGCGAGUCAACUGCAAUAAGUGAACAAGCAGGAGAAUCCGAGCCAUAUGUAGAACCAGAGACAUGGCCGGAGCCAGGGCCAAGAUGGAGUGAGGCCUUUGAAAAAUGGAGGGCAGCUUGGUACAUUCAUGUCUAUUUCUUCGCCAUCGCUUUCCUCGCCAUUGGAUCUUAUGCUGGUUAUUACGUCAUCUUGAACAUUUACGACGGCUUAAGAGGAAAAUACCUUAGUGUUUGUUUAAACGGUAUGGUCCUGCUGUUUGGUACAACCAGGGCCUUUGUGCUGUUUUUGGAUCCGUAUCAUCAAGGGAGCUUAAUAAAGGCUCUUUUCACAAUGCGCCUAUUAUGGUCCAUCGGCGGCCCUUGUCUCACCGCCUCUGACUCCCUCAUUAUUUUGGCCCUGGUAGAGACCGCUCGUGUGUCCAUUGCGCCUCCAAGAUUUCAGAGGCUCGAAACAAUUUCAAUCGUGAUUGCAUUCCAUUUUGUUCUCGUUAUCAUUUCAGACACAAUCGUUUCUAUUUACAUGGAAGCAAAAAUCAUGAUUUUACUCUGUCAGUUAUUCUUCUCCGUUUGGGGAAUUACGUUAGGUGCCGGAUACGCAAACCUCGCGUACAAACUCGACAAGCAACUCUUCAGUCAUAAACAAAUCAAGGAAAAGGGAGAUAAAGUAUAUAUAUUUCUCAUUUACGCCUCUGCCGUGGCAAAUUUUUUCAUUUGCGGCGUUAUGAUCUACACCGCAGUGGGUGUUUUUGGUGUGUAUACAGACAUUGAAUUCGUGGACGCCUGGCACUGGUGGACGUUGCAAACGUUAUUUCGCACUGGGGAAGUUAUAACCUGCGUCUUGAUUUUCACGGUUAGCGCCAAGAGAUCACGAGUAAAGCAAGCUGCAGAUGAAGUUUCUGAGUUUGAUUCUCGGUCACAAACGUUUGAUUCGAUAGACGGAUGUUCCGCGUUUCGAAAAGUUCGAUCGUUUUUUGACAGAUGUAGAAAACGGGCAACGAUCUCUGAUAUCGCAGAUGCCUUUAAGGAUGAUUCAGAGACAAUUGUGGUGGUCAGUAGAAGUAGUUUUAAAAAGAGAACUGCUGGUAAAGGCAACGAUGAAGAUGAUGUCCUUCCCCCUGUUUUUGAAGCAUUUCAAGAGAGGGACAGGGGGAGAAGGCAAGAUUUGUUUUCUCAUAUGCGUGAGGUGACUGUCCAAAAUCAAAUUGCGCAGCUCGACGCGAUGGCUCCAGCGGUUGCUCCUAGACCAAGGAGGGGUCGAAGACAGAGUUUAUUUUCUGCCAUGCAUGAAGCUAGCAUAAACAGCGCUAUUUCCUCGUUUGCUCAGCAAAUAACUGAAGCCAGCGAAGAACCCAUGAAAUGUGAGUCUUUCGAAACAGAUGGGGAGCUUAACGAGGAGCCAAAACCUCUCCCUCGAAGAGGCCGGCGGACUAACGUUUUCUCGAAUCUUCCGGAAACAAAACCGGAGAGGAAAAAUCCUCGUCAAGGCAUGAUGGAAGAUAUUGUUGAGGAAUCAACUGUUUACGAAGGGGAGGGUGACUCGAUUAGGAGACGCCCACCACUAUUGAAAAUGCGGAGUUCAGACAGAAUGCGUCAGUUAAUUAAUACUUGGCUCUCGCGAACUAAAGGUUCUUCCGAUGAACCGAAAGACAUUGCCGAGGAAGAGGAACCAAAAAUUGAAAGAGAUGAGAAUUCUGCGACAGAUUCCCUUCCUACAGAAAACUGUUGA